AUGUCUCACUUCACAAGUGAAGAUGAAGCUCUGCUACAGUCUAUGCUUAGACGGUUGCUGCAGAGCGUGAAGGAAAAAAUCACUGGAGCCCCAUCAGUAGAAUGUGCAGAAGAGAUUCUUUUGCAUUUGGAGGAAACAGAUGAAAAUUUUCACAACUAUGAGUUUGUGAAAUAUCUUAGACAAUAUAUAAAUAAUACUGUGGGAUCUGUGAUUGAAGAAGAAACAGAAAAAUGUACUUCUGCUCAAAAUCAGGGUGAAGUAUCUGGCUAUGACACGCUUGUCCAACGUGUUACUAAGAAGACCCGUGAAUCAAAAGAAUACAGGGAAAUGAUGCAUGCCUUGAAGAAUGUCAUGAUGGUUGUGGUAGAAUCUUUGAUUAACAAGUUUGAAGAAGAUCGGAUGCGUAAUAAGGAGCUGGAUAGUAAAACAAAGAAAGAAUGUCAGACUGGCUAUGAUACAGACAACUGUUCUGACAGUGACUCCUCGUUCAACCAAAGUUAUACGUUCAUGAGUCAAGAGCAGUUGCAGCUGCUUGUAGAAAGGCUUGACCCUAUUCAGCCUAAGGAAGUUCGCCAAGAAGCAUUGCAGACACUCUGCUUUGCCCCUCCCUCUGAUAUACUGAACUCUGAGAGCUGGCCAAAUCUGCGUAAGCAUCUAACGAUGUCUCUGUCAGAUCCUGAUGCAGCAUUCAGUGAGAAAAUUCUUAGGUUCUAUGCAAAAACCUUUUCUUCUUCUCCAUUUAAUAUGACAAGAGAAGUCUAUACAAGUUUAGGUAUCUGGUCACACUUGGAGUUGUACUUUCUUUCUGGAGAAUAUUGUCUUCGUAUUUCAGCUGGUCUGGAUAUAUCUAACACAGAUGUAAAUCGUUUACUUAAAAAGGUUCGCCUUUUAAAUGAGUACCAAAAGGAAGCUCCCUCUUCCUGGAUUCGUCAUCCAGAAAAAUACAUGGAAGAAGUAGUGGAGAGUACCUUAUCGCUUUUGUCAGUAAAACACGAGCCUGAUCAUCCUGCUUCUCCAGAUUUUUUGAGUCCAGUGUACUUCUUGGCUCUGCUAGAUAUCAAAGCAGUAUGGUUUAAAAAGUGGACGCAUGCGUAUUACAGCAGAACAGUGGUAUUUAGGCUUUUGGAAAAGAAAUAUAAAUCUUUGAUUAAUGCAGCUGUCCAGCAAUGUCUUGAUUAUUUUGAAUUUUGCAAGACAGCUGUUAAUAAAAAUUCCAGAGUCAAUGACUUCUCCCAGCAGCACCGUAGUGAUAAGCAGAACUUUUCUUACACUGGACCAGAACUGCAGUACAUCUAUUUUGUUCAUUCGUUGUGCCUUUUAGGAAGAUUGUUGAUCUAUAAGCAAGGCCGAAAUCUGUUUCCAGUACAGCUGAAAAAUAAAAAAGGUAGUGUCUCCAUAACCGAUCUGUUGGUGUUAUUUACUCAGCUUAUUUAUUACUCUCCAAGUUACCCAAAGACAGCUUUGGCAGCACAGACAGACAGUUAUUCUCCAGCAAGUCUUGUUAUGGAGAUUCUGCAAGUUUUUUGUGAUCAAACAGGAUGUACUGCUGAAUGUUUAUAUACGGAUGCAGUGAUAGAUGCCCUACUUCACCCUGUUCAAAGUUUACUGAGUGGCACAGAGGUGUGUAUAAAUUAUCUUGAAACCACUUUAAUUGAUGUAGCUGAUAUUUUGGCAAGGAUUGCUGCUGUAGAAGAUGGUCUUUCUUUUCUUCUUUAUGGAGAAAAUGAAAAAAAUGCCAAAGAUGAUAGUCCUACAGCUGUUCAUGUAAUUGUUCAGUUUACAAAGAAACUUCUUCAUGACGACAUUUCUCUUUUAUCUGGAUCUGAGAUUUUGCCAGUUGUUAAAGGAGCUUUCAUUUUUGUAUGUCGUCAGAUGUACAGAACUUGUGAAGGCCUGCAGAUGCUAAUUCCUUAUGGCUUGCAUGAAUGUAUUGGAGAGGCCUGGAAAAAGACGAGUUUGCUUUCCGAAAGAGUACCCACUCCUGUAACCGAUGCGGACUUGACUUCAUCAGUAAGUCUAGAGUCAAAAAACACUUUGUUAUGGGAAGAGACUUUAUUAGAUGCCUUGCUAAAUUUUUCUGCUACACCCAAAGGACUAUUUCUGCUUCAUAGCACAGGUGCCAUGAAUGACUGUGUGAACUUUAUGUUCAGCAGUUUAUCAAAAAAACUCCAGACAAAUGAGUAUGAAGAGUUUGGUAAUAGAGUGAUUGUUACACAAAUGGCAACAACACCAACAGGUGCAGUAGCUCUACAGCGUUCAGGCUUUAUAAAGGCACUUGUAACUGAAUUAUGGUCUCUUUUGGAAUGUGGAAAAGAUGAUUUAAGGAUAACCCAACCCAAAUCUACUCCAGUUGACCCUAUUGACCAAAGCUGUCAGAAGUCUUUUCUGUCUCUGAUAAACUUGCUCACUUACCCUGCAGUUUUUGAGUUCCUGAGUAAACAAGAUAUACCAAAUAAACCAAUGUAUUCAUUCCGCGAAGUACCUACAGAUAUUAUUGAUAUCAUUGACAGGCUUAUAAUUUUGAAUUCAGAAGCUAAAAUUCAUUCCUUAUUCAGUUAUGAACAAUCACAUAUCUUUGGUCUGAGGUUGUUAAAUGUGCUAUGCUGUGAGCUCAAUACCCUUUUACUCUUGGAGACUCAGUAUAAGGUGUCACGAGUUUUACUAACUGCUCAGGAGGAAAAUGUCACAGAAACUUCGGAAGGACCAGGGGAUUUUAUAAUUGAUGGUCUAUCAGUGGAGAGAAACCAUGUUCUUGUAAGAAUAAAUCUGAUUGGAGGACCACAGGAAAGGAUAUUGCCUUUGAGAGUGCUAGAUAAGGGCAGUGAUCCAUAUCCUUGGCCAAUGUUUUCAUCAUUCCCUUUGCCAAAGUGCUAUCUUGCAGAAAUUCCUAGGAGAGCUGAAUUCAGACAAG